AUGGGGAGGAGCCACAGCAUGCUGCAUCUUAAGCUUAUGCAAGAUUACCUUGUGAAUGAUCUCAUAGGAGUGGCUUUCAACAAGUGGACAAGUUUCGAUGUAGUUCACUCUUCGAUUAGGGACGUGAAACGCAUAAAUCACUACGGCUGUAAAUGGCCAAUGUACUUACAAGGGUCGGAUGUCUUUGACACCAGUGACGAACAGCGACAGUAA